UUUCUGUUGAUUCAAAGGAAGUAGCUCUGCUUGAUUCAAUUUGAAGGACUUAGUGGUGGUAAGCAACUUGAAUUGUUCACUAUUUGAGGAAAGUGUUGGAGGGUGUUGUUGGAAAUGGUUUGCAUUUGUUGGUUUUCGGAUUUUGGGGGUUGAGAUUAGGGGGUUUGGAUUUAUGAUGGAUGUAUCUCAGGGCAGCUCAAAUGCGCCCCCUCCUUUCCUUACCAAGACGUAUGAGAUGGUGGAUGAUCCAUCCUCUAAUAAUAUAGUUUCAUGGAGUCCAACAAACCGCAGCUUCAUCGUGUGGAAUCCGCCGGAAUUUGCAAGGGAUUUGUUGCCCAGGUACUUCAAGCACAACAACUUCUCCAGCUUUGUCAGGCAGCUCAAUACGUAUGGUUUCAGAAAAAUUGAUCCUGAUCAAUGGGAAUUUGCUAAUGAGGAGUUUGUGAGAGGCCAGAGACACCUCCUGAAGAACAUUCAUAGACGCAAGCCAAUCCACAGCCACUCACUACAUAACCAAGGGCAAGGAAAUUCUUCUGGUGCAUCAACGGAAUCAGAGAAACAGGAGCUUGAGGAGGAAAUUGAGAAGUUGAAACAGGAGAAGGGCAUUCUUAUUGUGGAGCUACAGAGGCAUGCACAAGAGCAGCAAGGUGUAGAGUUGAAAAUGCAGUCUCUGGAGGAACGGUUGCAUCAUAUGGAGCAUCGCCAGCGGCAGAUGGUGGCUUUCUUGGCUCAAAUCUUGCAGAAACCUGGGUUCGUUUCCAAUCUCAUGCAACAGUCAGAAAAUCAUAACAAGAAGAGAAGGUUGCCAAAACUUGACUACUUAUAUGAUGAAGCUACUGUGGAGGAGAAGCAGAUGGUAACUUUCCAGAGGGACAGCUCAGAUGCUCUAUCUUUCCCAAUCAUAAACAUUGAGCCGUUUGAGAAGUUGGACUCCUCAUUAAAUUCUUGGGAGACUUUUCUUCGUGGUGUUGGUGAUGCUUCUGGUGAGGAAAUGAAUGCUGUUGGAAUACCUUUGAUGCCUUCUGCAGUUGUUCUUACUGAAAUGCAUGCAUCAUCUGGAGAUCCAGAUAUAAACAUAAGCAUGCAUCUGCAGUCACCUAAACUGCAUCCCUCUUCGCCUCAUGCCAGAGAUAUCCAUUCCUCUCCUGAGUUGGCGGAAUCGACGAGUUAUGGGGAGAGCUCCAUUAUUCCUUGUAUUGAACUUAAUACAGAUGGUAGAUCUACUGGGAUUGACAUGAACUCCAAGCCUGCAUCUGCUCCUGAGGUUCAUUCUCAGAAAGAACGGGUAGUUGGGACUGUGACUUCCUCUUUGCCAACAGGAGUAAAUGAUGUAUUCUGGGAGCAGUUUUUAACUGAGACUCCUGGUUCAUCCGAGGCACAGGAGGUUCAGUCGGAAAGAAAGGAUGCGGAUAUCAGAAAGAGUGAAAACAGGCUACCUGAUCAUGGAAAAUUUUGGCGGAACAUUAAGAAUGUAGAUAACCUUACAGAACAGAUGGGCCAACUUACUCCAACUGAAAGAAUCUGAUGUUGUUUGAUGCUUCAUGUCUUUUUUUUAAAGUCUGAAGGCUGAAUCUGUUACUAGUUAACUUUAUAUAGAAGAGGUAUGGUUUGGUCUUGUAAAAUAUAUCAGACAUCAGUUUUUUGAGUUCAUUGCACUUGUACAUUUUGAUGCAUGUAAAUCAGGUUCUAGUGUCCAGUAGGUUUCCUUUGUUCAUUAAUUUUAGAUUUAUUAUGAUUUUUCAGUGAGAUUACAUGGGUAUGAAGUAUGAACAUUCCUUCAA